AUGGAUGCGACAACUCCCCUGAGCUAUGUGGAUAACUAUGCUACUAGCCAAGAUCUUGACUUUGAGGAUGACCACUCGCAUGUCCUGUACACAUCCAUGGUCCUUCCCAUCUUCUACACUGUUGUGUUCCUGACUGGCGUCGUGGGGAACCUGGUCCUGAUGGGAGCCCUCCAUUUUAAACGGGGAAGCCGAAGACUGAUUGACAUAUUUAUCAUCAACCUGGCUGUGUCUGACUUCAUUUUCCUUGUGACAUUGCCACUCUGGGUGGAUAAGGAGGCUUCCUUAGGACUGUGGAGAACUGGCUCAUUCCUGUGCAAAGGAAGCUCUUACAUCAUUUCAGUCAACAUGCACAGUAGUGUCUUCCUACUGACCUGUAUGAGCGCUGAGCGCUACCUGGCCAUCAUGUGCCCCUCUGCAUCCAGGAAACUCAGGAGGAAAGACUGCACUUAUGGGGUCUGCGUCAUUGUCUGGCUUGUCUCCUGCCUUCUGGGGCUGCCCACUGUUUUGUCCAGAAAACUCACCAUGAUAGAGGACAAACCCUAUUGUGCAGAAGAGCCGGCUACUCUCUGGAAACGUGCCUGGGCCUUGGUGUCUUUAAUUUUCACCUUUUUUGUCCCCUUGCUUAGCAUCUUGACUUGCUACUGUUCUAUUGCAAAGAAACUGUGUGUGCACUACCAACGAUCAGGAAAACACAACAAAAAACUGCGAAAGUCCAUCAAAAUCAUCUUCAUCGUAGUGGUAGCCUUUGUCAGCUCGUGGUUGCCUUUUAAUAUCUUCAAACUUUUGUCUAUCAUCUCUGGGCUCCAGGAAGAACCCUUUCUUUCCUCAGUCACCCUCCAGGUGGGGAUGGAGGUCAGUGGUCCUUUGGCAUUUUCCAACAGUUGCAUUAACCCUUUCAUUUAUUAUUUCUUUGAUGGUUAUAUCCGGCGUGCCAUUAUCUGCUGUCUCUGUCCUUGUCUGAAGAACUCUAACCUUGGGAGCAGCACUGAAACCUCCGACAGUCAUCUCAGUAAGAUCUUUGCUAACUUCACUCACGGAGAGGAUAUUUCUAGAAAGAGAAGACGUUCUGUUUCUCUGUAAAAGUAGAGGAGUGAAAUCUUUUUAGGAAGAUCUCUUUUGCUCAGGGGUGGACAGAGGAAGAUUCAAAUGGUUUUGUCAAGAAAAAGAAGGAGAAAAGUGUUGUGUAGAAAAUUCUGUUGGUAUUUUAAAAGUCUAAGGAUAAAGAAAAUUACUACAUAAAGGAGGGAAAGGGUUAUAGAAGUGACUGAAUCAAUUGUUAUUUAUCCAAGUGGCCUGUUUUCUUACUGACCUUUGCCAAUCAAAUGCAUGAUUUAGGAGGACUUUGUUGUCCUUGGACUCUUGACCAAUGACUCCCAGGCUCCUUUUCUCUGCAAAGAACUAUCUCGUCUCUCUGGAACCUGGGCAUCUACUGGAAAUACUCUGAGAAGAUGAACAUAUUUUGGUCACUAACUAAUGUAGUCACAAUGUCUUGGGUGAGCUUUAUUUGGUGUCUGUCCUCAGUUUCUACAGAGAGAUCUAAAUCAAAGGUAUCACUCCAAUUCCAUUGGCUUCAAAGCCAUCUUUUGCCUUGAGUCCUUUCUCUAUAUUUAUAGAAUGGAAGGCAAUCCAGGGAGGCUAGAAUCAGAUUGGACUGAAAGGGAUGGAGGGUGGUGAAGGCCAGUAACAUGGAAAAAUGUUUUUUUAACCUCCAUGAAUGUUGACAGCCCCUCCCUAUCCUAGGAACUGCCUUGAACUUGCUCUCCUUUUUAGUUUGUUGGAGUCUAUACGUAUUUGGGUCAAGAAAGCAAACACAAGUCAAGCUCCAUCCUUAGAAAGAGUUUUGGCUACUGAUCAGAGAGACUGAUAGAAGGGUAUUUUCAUGAUGAUACUUUAAGUAAAUGAUUUUUAAUGGUGUUUUGUUAUGUACGUUGUGCUCUCUCAUUAGUAAUAGCUUCAUAAAUGACUGUUUUAACUUUCUGUAAUUAUAUGGCUUUAAUUACAUAGGUACGCAAUGUAAAACAUGACUAACAAUGUAAUAGGUGGCCCUUGGGUUUCUGGAUUCAACCUAAUGGAGUGAUCAACCAGUUUGUAUUUAAAUUAAAAUCCCAGAAUCACAUUUUGCUAUGUAGAUACAAUUUAAAAGUAUGACCUGUUUGUAUAAGAUGUUCUGUGCUAUCCUAGAGAGAAAAAAAAAUGCCUUUUUAAAAUGUUACUGAUCUUUGUCUUUAGUAAGAUAUUUGUCUUCUUGAUCAGAGAUACUCACAGAUGUGAAUUUUUAUAAUGAUGUUUCAAGUUGCUGACUUUUAAUUGGAUUUUAAAAUGCAUGUUGUGCUCUUUCAUUU